AUGGAAGGUGAAGUGGUAAGUGUACGACGUUGUGACGAGUUGAGAAAAUUUCCUUUCUCGCAGAAGGGGUUGCGAGAGAAGGGGGAGGAUUCGAGAGAGGGAGAACGCCGGGAAAGGGGGGAGCUGUCCGUGCCGCCAGACCGCUUCCAACCCGCGCCGCCACUGCGCCAUGUCCUGCCGUCAAGCUUGCCUCGCCGUUCGUCCUCGUGCCGCCGUGCUCCUUGCCACCAUAGUCGAGGCCACCGCGUGUCGCCGUCGCUUGUGGGAGUCGAAGAGAGACACGAUCGAGAAGCUGCAUCUCGUAGCCGCCAUCGAAGAAAUCACCGCCACCGAACCCCAGCCGCACCGUCACCGUCAAACGAGGCAAAGAGGAAGAAAGUAACGUCGUUGCCGUUACUGAAAGGGAGCUCGACCAUCCUUGCCGCAGGAGCUUGUCGCCGGAAGAGAGGAGAUGACGACGGUGGAAGUUACCACCGCUGUUCUGCCUCACCGAACGGCGCUAGAAAACCGCUGCUGCAGCCGCUGGAGGACAUCCCUACAGUUGCCAUACCUAGCCCACUCCAGUUUGGGUUCCGACUGUGGUUCGUUUAUGCUGAGUCUUGUUCUUCUAAGUGUCGGAGCUGCUGCCGUUGCUUCGUCUCCAUGUUUCUCCUUUAUUCCAGAUCGAGUUCCGGUUGUUGCGUGUCGCGCUUAGAGUUUCGGUUGCUGCUACUGAUAGUGGAUAAAGCUGAGGUUGCAGCUGCAGCUGUCGCUGGUCGAGGAAAAAUGGGUUGAUGCGUUUUGAUUUUGAGAGUUUCGACGAGUUGAGGUAGGAAUUUUUCUUAAAAUCUAUUUUACAUUACAGAGUUGUGAUAAAUAGAUAUUGAUGCAAAAAGAUAUAUUUCUAUGAUUAUAUUUGUCUUGUGGAUGUGAUGGUUUGUUGGAAUGGAUUAUUGGGCGCUUGAUUGCUUGAGUAAAGUACGAUUGUUGAUAAGAAGUGGAUUUGAAAAGUUAUUUACUUGAUUAUUAGGAAAAGUGGUUUUUUCUGUUUGAAGUUAAAGCGGUUUGAUUUUGAGUCGGUCUGAUUUUAUAAAUGAUUUAAUACUUGAGUUGGUUUGACUUUAAAAAGAGUUUUAUUAUUG